AUGCACAGCCAGCGAGAGCUCAACCGUCAUGGUCGGAAUAAAUAUGGACGCAUAGUACAGCGACGGCCUGCCGUUGCUGCAGUUGCAGAUGUUUUCAUACAGUCACUGGUGCUUGCGGGAUUCUGUCCUGAUCACGCCCCCAAGCAGCGAGCCUAUCCCGUCCAUAACCAGUUCAGUUCCAUCAGAUAUCGCGCAUUUGGAACAUCUGCAAACUAUAGCAACAAUAAGCAGAGCCCCAGCCACCCAAGCAUUGGGCUUCCAACCCACUCAUUCAAUCCCCGUGCCGCACACAUCCAAUCGCAGCCAUUAAGCACAUAUGCAGCCAAAAGCGAAAUUGACGAUCGCGAUCCCCGUCCUGUCGGUCCUUUCUCGUCAAUCCGUGUGAACAACAAGGUUUCGGCGAGUACAGAACGGGCCCCCGAACCCAUGAUUCUAGGAUCUGAUGAUCGCAGGACGAUGCGUCAAAUGAAGGAAUCAAUAGAGUCUUCCCCUCAUAACGCGUCUGCACAUAUAAGCAAAACCCGACACACAGUCAUUACUUCAGCGUAUCGGUGUGAUCGCAGAAGGCAGGUGGAACAUCCGUUCACGUUCAAAUACCACGAGAAAUGGAUGACACACCACAAUGGACGGGUAAAACCAAAGUGGCCAAAAAACCACAUUGGACACAGAUUAAAGGAACCUACAGCUGCCAGUGCUAUCCAGUCAUUCAUGUCUGCCGUUCGGAGCAGUUCCAAGUCUAAUCAGUAUGUUUUCGGUUUAUACAAACGUCUACCAUCACCAGGGUUGAAGCUCCUUUCAUUCAAACAGAGGAGCAGGCUCCUGUAUCGCUUUGCACACCCACCAGACCGACGUCGGUGUAAUGCUCGCUACUUUUUAACGCUUUUUAAAGACAUGAUUGACGCCGGAUUCAAGCUAUCCAGAUCUCUGUGCACGUCAGCCAUUUAUUUCACGUCGCACAAGGAACCGAAACUUAACAAACGGGACUUGAUGGAUGCCAUCGCUAUCUGGCAUCGAAUGGAGACUAUAUAUGACCUUAAGGCAGAUAACGUGGUGUUUGAGCUGCUUUUCAGAAUCGCUUCGCUUUCUGGUCAUUUUGGCGUGGGUGAUCGCUUGAUACAGGAGAUGAAAAACCGAAAAUUGCAACUUUCACUACAAGGCUAUUUAUCCAUUCUUUAUUCGUACGGGAAAAGAGGCGAUACGGAAGGGAUACGCAAAGCUUUUCAGGAACUUGUUUCAUCGGGCAAAGUUGUUAAUACGACUGUUAUCAAUUGUUUGAUCUCAUCUUUACUCAACGCGGGAGAUUUUGACACGGCCGAACAGAUUUAUUCUCGCAUGAUGCAGGAUCACGCGAGAACUACUGGCAGCGAUAUGACUCCCGUUUAUGUUCCGUCGAUGUCUGCCGAUUUCCAUGCUUGGAGAUCGAGAAAUAAUACCCUUACUAAGGUUUUCGAGGCCUACCUGGCAGUGAGGACAAAAGAGAAAUGUGAGCAUGGAAGACAAUUACAUAUCCCCUUCCUACCCGACUCCAGAACAUUCUCCAUCAUGCUCCGCUUCCAUUGCCUUCAUACGGGGGAUUUGAUGGCUAUUCGUCGGCUACUGAGCGACAUGGAGAAAGUCUUCGAAAACCCACCGAAUGUUAUCGUUUACUACUUCCUUUUUCGUGGGUUCGCUCUUCAUUCGUCAGCCAAAGGAUGGACAGAAGUGAGACUGUUGGAGCUUUGGAAAGCAUUCAAAAGUGUUCUAUAUGAUUCCUACACACAGUUGGACCACUUCGAGAAUUCGAGACUGCCUUUAAAGCCAGUAAACUGGGAAAACCCAUUAAAGUCUCUCCGACCACCUCAACAAGGAUCACAAAGUUAUUCUCAAGCGUCGAUAGAUGGACAAAUCCAAACGGGCUCUAAGAUAACUAAAGAGAACACAGUCGGCGAAGACAAGAAACACGGAAAUGAGUUUCUUAUGGCACUGUUUGACCAGCUUACGAAAAAUGGCCGCCUCCGUCAGCUCCACCAGCACUGGAUUUAUGAUAAGAAAAAGCGACGAAGGAUUUACAACGCUAUGUUUCUUAGUCGAGAGCUCAAUGUCGUGAUUUUGAAAGCCUUUGGCUCCCACUGUGGAGUUAGAACUUUAUUUCGCGUGUACUCGGACAUUGAAAAGCUCAUGUAUAUCACAGUGUAUUUUUAA